AUGCUGCCAAAACGAUCCGUAACCGCAAAGAGCCUCAGAGGGCACACUCAAGCAGCUCAGCCGCCUCCAUCACGGCACCCGACAAGGGAAGAGGCCGAUCUCGCGCUCUUCCACGGGACCGAGUUACUUGGCUGCCGUUAUCCCGAACGAGAGUGCAACCGCGGUCUCUACGAGACGCUGGAAGUUAUGUCCAAAGCGCAUAGGGAGCAGCUAGCUGAGAUGCGGCGCAGCAGGGGUAUUCAUGCCGGUCUGAAUGGACACGGAACUGGGCGAGGCAGAAUAGGCAGACAUGCUCAUGGGAUGUCCGCUGCCAAGCCGGUCUAUAUCGAAGACGACGAGGACGAGGGGGGAUUCGAGCUAUCCUCUGACGAGGACGAUGUCAAUCUACGAUUUGCGAGAGAGCUAGGCUCCAUUGAAGGUGUUGAGGAAGAGGACGAUGUGGAGGUACUACUGCGUGACAAGCACCCCUUGGACGGAGUGUUUCAGGAGGACGAGAGCGGAUCCUUGGUCGACGAGGAGCGCGGCACGCAUCGGAGAAACGCACGACUUGCAAAGGCGCCGAUCUCCAGCAGCCAUUACUGGGCAGAGGACGACUUGGAGGGACUCUCUGCCGAGGACGACUCAUAUACAAACUUCGGCGAGGGUUAUUCAGAGCCAAGAUCUGGUGAGGACGAUUCAGAGCCGGCGUUCGACGGGGACGACUUGGAGACACCAUCAGAGGAGGACAAUUCCGAUUCACGGUUCUACGAGGACAUGAACACAGACGACAUUCUUCGUAAGGGAGGGCCCAGUACGCGAGGGAGAGCACGGCCAGCGGAAGCGCCGAUUCAUCGUCCUCGCUACAUUCCGCGUGAUGAACGUAUUGAUAAGGUCACUGGUGAGGUCUGGCAUGCGGACUGCCCGGAUAACUUCCCCUUCGGCGAGACAAGGUUCAUGGAGAACUACAUUGGAUAUACGUUCAGCCGGGACCUGGCGGCAGCCGAGGCUCGUGAGAAGGAAACCGGCGAGAGGUUCAACGUCAGUGCAGCACCCCCUGCUGAGGACAUCUCAGGCGAAGACCUUAAAGCAAAGACCAAAGAACAGGAAGACUCUGAUCUUGCUCUGUACGACAUCCUCAACCAGCCGCGCUACCGGCUGCCCGACCUGCCUAAGGAUGCCGAGGCUCAGCACAGGAAGAUGGAGAAGGAAGGUGUGUUUGAUGACAAGCACUUGGAGGCACUUGAGAAGGAAUGGCCGGCCACGACGUCUGAGAAGUACUCGAAGUUUGAUGCAGUUUACGGACCCAAGAUCAAGGAACUCAAUGACGCUGCUAUCCUGGACCAGACGGUGAGGGAUAAAAGGAAGCGGAAGAUCUACGAUCGUUCUCCUAACCCAGUCAAAGAGGCGAGGUGGGCGAAGGCGUGA